GAAGACCCGGAUGAGGCUCCGGAACUGCUUACUCACUCUUUGCAAGAUGACGAGCUGUGUCAAAGUGAAGAGCCCAGAGGCACACGAUGCUCGGCGUGGACGUGUACCCCAGCUUGGCUCUGGGGUCUCAGAGGAUUGGGGACCGCUUCUACAGAGAUCGGGAGUGUGACGGGGCGGCCAAAGCCCCGCCCCCCGCGAGGCUCGCGGCGCCCCAGCCGGGCCUCCGCGGCGAGCAGGAGCCCCCGACGCAAAAGGACGACGUGCGGAUGGAACUGGAGAACUCGGCGCUGUGGAAGCAGUUCAGCUCGGUGGGAACGGAGAUGAUCAUCACCAAAAAGGGCAGACGCAUGUUUCCCGGCAUGAAGCUGAAGCUGUCGGGUCUGAACCCGUCCCUGCGCUACAUCCUCCUCCUGGACAUCAUCCCGAUGGACAACUCCCGCUAUCGCUUCCAAGGCGGCGGAUGGCAGGCGGUGGGCGGCGCCGAGGCCAGGCUGCCGGACCGCGUGUUCAUCCACCCGGACUCCCCUGCCACCGGGGCUCACUGGCAGAGUCGCACCAUCUCCUUCCACUACGCCAAGCUCACCAACAACACGCUGGACGCACAGGGCCAUAUCAUCCUCCACUCGCUGCACCGCUACCAGCCCAGAGUGCACGUGAUCGAAGCCAGGGACAUGUUGAGUUGGGGUGGGGGGCAGCACUCCUUCGUCUUCCCCGAGACCCAGUUCAUCACGGUCACCGCCUACCAGAACAGCAAGAUCACCGAGCUGAAGAUCAACUCCAACCCCUUUGCCAAAGGGUUCCGGGCCGAAGGGAUGAAUAGCAAAAAACAAAGAGAUGCAAGACAGAAACGGAAACUAGCUGACAUGACGGAAAUCACGGCCACAGUGAAUUGUGACCCGCGUAAGUCCACUCAGCCGACCGCCACCGCCCCCAGCAUGACCGGAGCAGACCUGCAAGCGCUGGCCUUGGCCUCUUUGCCCCCUCUGCCUGCUGGUUUUACCCCAGAUGAGACCCCCUUCCAAGGCACGCUUGUCCCAGAGCAUCCCGCGGACCUCGACCAGGCCUUCAUCGCCUCCCAGAUUCCAGACAUCAACCUCUCCAUUAGCGCUGGGAUGCAGGACGCAACUGGAAGUGAGGUCACGCCAACUCUCAUCGAAAGUUCGGACUCUUUGAAUGAGGCACCGUUCACCUCCAGCUACCCCGCACCUCAGACCAGCUCGCCCUCUUUCGCCCCUCUCGCCCAGCCUACCUCCUUCCCCUCAAAUCCAUCCGACGCUCCCCUGGACUACCCCGCCCUCCUCUCCCCGGCCCUCUCCACGGCCUCCACCGCCUCGCCCUCUCUGCAGCAGACCGCUUUCACCUUCCCCACUCCUCCACCGUCCUCCUCCUCCUCUACCUCCUCGCCCUCCUAUCACACCAUUCCGCCAUCCGACACCACUUUCCCUCCGUGUCAGUCCCAGGACCAAAUGUCGCUGCUCUUGCAACAAGAUGACGCUCUUUCCAGCGGCCACAAUUCCCCCAGCGAGCAAAGCUCGGAAGCUUUCAUUUAUCCGAAUACUCUCCCUUCUAAUCCUGAAUCCCAGACCCCGCCGGGUGCGCCCCCAGCACCCUUCGCUUUCCAACCGCCACCUUUGCAAAACCAGGCCCGUCACCUCUCCAAUCUGACCCAACAAACUCAAGGCCCCGAUCUCUCCGCCCCCUUCCCCCUCCCAUCUUACCCCCUGCCUUUCCAAGCCUCCUCUUGCUUCCCCUCCACUCCUCACUCUCAAAACCUAAACAACGCAGCCCCCUCCUACACGUCUGUUGAGCUGGGCGGCAUGCCUCAGUUCCCCCCCGCCGGCCCCUACCGUUCCGAUAUGAUGCUGCACCCCCACCGCCACCACCACUCCCUGCUCCCGCAGCUGGAGCCACCCCUCCCCAUCACAACUCCCACCCCGACCAUCUACCCAGCCUUCUCCUCCUACCCACUCCGCCUCCGCCAGGACCCUCGCCCGUCUCCCACCAUUCCCCUCGGGCACCUGUACCGACACCACCGCGCCCACGGCCAGGGGUCCUUCCUGGAUGUGAGCUCCAGGCCUGUGUUCUAAAACAAAAACAAUGCCUUGCUCGACGGUUUUGUCUUGAUAGUGCUUUUAGGAGGAAACUAGUCCUGUAGUUCAUUGCGUGU